AUGUCGCGUCAUAUUGUAGAAGAAGUCCCAGACUCUGAACCUGAACGCGAGGCUGAGCGACAAGCGCGUAAACAGGAGCGAAAGAAGAGAAAGCUCACCAGAACCGCCACCCCCGAAAUCAUUGUCAUUUCAGAUGACAGCUCCGCCCAUAGUCCAGUCAUCGCUCCCAGCAAGUCUCCAUCCGUCAUCAACAUUAGUGACAACAGCAUCAACGUCGACCAAAACGUUAUAUCCAUCAGUACAAGUGUGGAGGCGCCUCCCGACGAGGAUGACGAUGUAGAACUCGUUCCUACUUUGAACAUUGGUCGUUUCGCCUUUCAGAACACUACGCGUCCACUUCAGCAAAGAAACUCAGCGUCAACAAUCGGGUCAAGCUCCAACAGUGAAGCGCCAGCUAAGCCUGCUGCUCGUCGAUCCCGCAAACAUCUCGAAGAAAUAUCAGACAACGAUUUGAAUAAGCUUUCUAAAUGCGUCAGUUGUUCAAUACCAUGGACUACGCGCAAAACCGCCGCGCAAAAGAUGAUACAUAUCCGUUCUUGUGCGAAGAAGAGUGGCAUGACCGACGAAACCGUCGUCUUCCUUGUACGCAAAGAAAUCGAAAACUCGCCAGCUACGGGUGGGAAAGGAAAUGCUGCUCCAUUGACGGGACCUUCAACUCUUCUGGAAGAGGUCGUACGCGAUGCUGGCCCGAAGCGCAAGGGCAAGCGCCCGCUAGUUGUCGACGUAUUGAAGCCUGUGUCCGAGACGAGAAACAACAUCUUGGAUCGUGCUCGAAACUUGCUGACGGAAACCGACGACCCGCCAACUCAAGCUGCUGUAAUUCCUCCCACUACGCCAUCCCUUGGUGCAAGUCGGCUGGGUCGAAAGCAACAGGGCAAGGUGGCCUUAUUUGACGAUUCGGAUGAAGAAUCAGACUUUGACCCACCAGCUGCCACCCAGGCGUUUGCGCCGUCCAAACUCGGAGGGGGAACGAAGAAACAGUCAGCAUGGGGCUACGAUUCCGAACCUGAAUCGGAACCUGUUGCCUCUAGUUCGAAACCUUCCAGGGCAAAAGGACCUUCUCAGAUUGCUUCUCUGAUGACGAAAAUGACUCUUGACCCAUCUACGCUUGAACGAUCUCACACACCUGAAUCAGACGAUGGGUAUAUCCAUUAUGAACCUAGUAACUAUCCGAUACCCCCACCUCCGCCCCCGAGGGGAAAGAAAAAACAGCUCCCGACGAUUACCGACGUGAUACCCCAACCAAACCAAAGAAAAAGAAGGACUACCUCCGAGGCGUUUGAUGAAGCGGCGUUAUUGAACAAGAUUCUCGAGGAUGAAGCGCUCCAUCUCCAAAUCCUGCGCUACGAGGCUGUCGACUUCAACACUUUCCUUGCCCUUGUUCUUCAACCCGGGGAGACAGCAAGCCCCAAAACCAAGCUGCAAAUGCAGUCAUUCUUGGACAAGCAAGCCAUCGUCUUUUUUGGUGGUGAAACUCGUAAUUAUAAGUCGCGAGGACGCAGAGGGAGGCGGUAG